GGAAGUGGGGGAAGCGGAGUUCGUGGCUCUGUGCGAUGCGCUGAAGGCGCCGGACAGCGUGAGGGAGAAGGCCUGGAUGACGUACGAGAGCUUGGCGGCCGCCGACGGGGCUUCGGUGAGUGCGGUGCCCGCCGCGGGGCUGCGGUCCGCUCGGAGCUGUGCCCGGCGGCCCCGAGAACUGCUUCGGGUGACGGCAGAGCGCCUCAACGGGGCGCAGGGGGUGGCUGCGGGGUCUCCUUCUUUGGAGAUGUUCGGGACCCGUCUGGCCGCUUUCCCGCGUGAGCCGCAGAAGGGAACCUGCUUUGGCAGGGGGUUGGGCUGGGGCGCCUCCCGAAGUCCCUUUGAUCUGUGAAAGCGGCAGCCCUUUAUUAUGAGCACCUUUAUUAUCCGGGUCACCUCCCGUGUGUUUGCGUGCAGCCGCCCAGCGCCUCCUCCUGCGGGAGGCUGCAGGAGGGGUCUGCAAGAGGUGGUGAUGUUCUCCUUAUAUACCCCCUCCCCUUGCGUGGUGUUAAUCUUAGAGCUGAGAUAAUUCCAUCCAAAGUCAAUCACUGGGUGCACGUAAAUAGAUGAAGGGGUUACGUGCCCUCCUGACCUUUUUUCCCCUCGUUGUAUCGCUGCUGGCUCGGAGAACGGCUGCAGCACAAUCAAAUAGCGUUGCUGACCCGGGUGAGGUUGAACGCACCCCAGUGGGGCACUGCUCGCAGCUCACGGUCUGGUGUUGGCUGCCCUCUCUGUGCCUGGAGCUGAUGUGCUGCUUCUGCUGCUGCUGUGCCACCGAUUGCAGUGCUCAAACCUCACUCAGCUCUCAAUGGGUUUGUGCUUGUCGACAUGGCAGUGUGGGAGAAGCCACAUAGCAGAUAGGCACUGUCUGUAGGGUUCCCCAGGGAGUGUUUACUUAAAAGCAAAGUCAGGUUUCUCUGUGUGAACUGAAACAGGAGGCAGUCGGUCCGAACGAGUAAAUACGGAGACAGGUUUCGGUGUAGUUCUGUGAAUUUCACUCGUGGGUGAAGGUUUCGUUUCACUGAUCAGGACUUAGAAGUGGGCAGGUAAGAUGCAAAGCACUGAAAACCCUCCCUUUCUGGAAACUUUCUCUCUAAUCUUCAUUUAUCUGUUCAGAACAGGGCAAUGGCUUCAGCCUUCACCAUAAGGUGCACUGAUACUUAUUGCCCUGUGGUGCAGUAAAACCUAUCCAGGAGCCUCUCGGUGUGUAGCAAAAGGCCUAUGCUGUAUUUUGGCCCAAUCUUGGCCAUUUUCAUCGAGCUUUCUAACAGACCAACGAGGUGUCGGGAUGGGGAAGCUGGCAAGUGUGUGCCUCCAGCAGGUGCUGGGGCUGCUGCUUGUAGUUGAGGCUUCAUUUGAGUCUGAAAUCCAGCAAAUGAUCAGCCUGGCUAAUUGCUGCUUCUCUUCCCAAGUUGAGCUGUUAUCAUGUCUUGGCACUGUGAGUUUCUGCAAUAGCUGGUGAGCGCUCAGGAUAAGGCUCUGUGUAAAUGUAUGCUCCUUUCUCCUCUGUGGUAGAGAUAAUGGGUGUGAAGAGCUAUCCUGGUGUUUGUUGUGCAAGCACCCGCUGUGCACAUUUUUGGUCAGUACCAACCUCUCCAUUCAGAACUGGGAUAGAAGCUGCUUAUUUAGCUUAUUUCUCUUCUCAGAUGGCAAGGGAAAUAGCAAGACACAGAUCGAGAGAAAUCCCUACUGAGAUGGUGACUGGACUCGAGGCAGGUUAAGUCAUCAAACAAUGGGUGGAUAUAGAAGUAGCACCCAACAAUCCUGACUCUCAUCUUGGUACAGAGCAUACAGACCUGAACCCUUUCCCUGGCACGCUGACCUUGUUCUUCAUGGCUGAUCUCAAAGUUACACCUGCCAAGCCUCUGAGAGCAUGGAGGGGCAACUUGGAGGGCUAAUGAAGAAGCAGUGUGGCCCUGACUUAAGAUGCCGCAUAACUGGAUGGGCACUCAGAGUGCAAAUAUAGGCUUGGGCCUUAUCUGAACACCUGAUAUAUCUUUAAUCAGUGAAUGGUUACAAACCUAAGAACAACUAGUAUUAGCUGUCACUUAGGGUACAUGUAGCUGUGUGUGAAGAGGUUCUGCAAACAAAGCUUAUUAUUACUAUUUUGGCAAGUCCAUACAAAAAAUAGCUAGGAUGCAGUGACCUAUGAGCCUGGGUGUGCUUGUGCUCCAGUAAGAUACCUAAGGGUGCCUGGCAUCAGGUAGGCAUCAGCCAGCAUGAAAAAGGCUGGUAUCUGCUGCUCUCUGAAAUGAAUCCUCCGUGCCAUCAUCCUCUGACCCCACCAAAACUGACUUGCUGUCUUUUUCCUUUAAGGUGUUACACCUUUUCUUGUUGUGCUUUUCUUCUUUUUUUUUCCCCCUUUUGAAUCUGAGCUACUAAUGAUCUUCUGUCUGUAAUUUUGCCUUUCUCACCUUGACGUGUCCAUACUGCAGCUUUUCGUACGGCUCUCAGCUUCUUUGUUUCCUCAGCAGUUUGAGUCAAGGUUAUGCAGCUGCUCUGUAUCGCAGCUGAGUCCUGAAUCCUUGAACAGCUGAACGGUGGUGAGAGGUGUGCAGCAGGAGGAAGUAUUGCCCUCUCCCUCCUGUAGUCUGUAUUUCUGGAAAAUGAGAGCAGCUCGUAGCUUAAAAUUCUAAACCUAUGGAGAGAAGCCAUUCAAAACGUUACAACUCUGUUAAAUGUGGUGGUGUUUUUCUUCUUCAGUGGGAAACGUUAAGGCUGCGACAACCAGAGUUUAACUGCACCAUCUUAUAGCAGAACUGGAAUUCAGAAUCUCAGAGGCAAAAUCCAAAACGUUGAUUCCUGAGAUGCAGCACUACUGAUACAUGGUGUGAAAGAAGAUAUCUGAUAUGUGACUAGAAAUACGAUUUAGCUUUAAAUUCUUUCUACAUCUGGUGAGCUCCAGUGCACGUUUCAUGUAAACAUGGUAGUGCAUACAUAGAUAAGUUCUAUGCUAACGUCAUCAAAAGACUUUGCUUCUUUUGUCAAGAAUCUUGUCUACCAAACUAAGUUACUUCAGUAUUUUGUUUACCUGUUUUAGAGUUGUUUUUGCAGGCUUCAUUUCAGAAGUCAUACACCCUGACAGUUGUUGACUUGGGAAAUUGGCUUCUUGAAUGGGAACCCUUACGCUCCAAUUGUUUGCAACUGUUCCUAAAUCCGUAUUAAGAAGCAGUAGUGCCUCUGAGCCUCUAGAUGAAGUAAAUAGAUACAUUGGAAUUAUUUAUUGGCCUCUUUAUUGGAGAGGACCUUGAGGCAUAGAGUCUGGUGUGUUUCAGCCCAUCUUGUUGCAGCACGUGGUGCCUGGGUAGAGGCUUUGCUUUGUUGUUUGAUGUUGCUCAUAGUAGUGCUGGAGAAAUGUGGCCUACUCUAUUCUGCUGCUGUCAGCUCUUUGUACUCAUGAAUUCCUGAGUCACUUUUAUUGAUUGUCUAUCUUACACUAUUAAGAAAAAAAACCCUCUGAGGAAGGACCUAUAACCACCAUACUUAGUCCUUUCUAGUUUAACCUUCUGUGCCCAUGAACUUCUUCCACAGGUAUUGCUCUAAACUGUUUUCAUGUUUUAAUUCAGGCCUGUGUUAGUUAUUUUGUAACCAAUGAACAUGAGAAUCAUAGAAUCAUAGAAUGGCCUGGGUUGCAAAGGACCACAAUGAUCAUUGAGUUUCAACCCCCUGCUAUGUGCAGGGUCACCAACCACCAGACCAGGCUGCCCAGAGCCACAUCCAGCCUGGCCUUGAAUGCCUCCAGGGAUGGGGCAUCCACAGCCUCCUUGGGCAACCUGUUCCAGUGCAUCACCACCCUCUGUGUGGAAAAACUUCCUCCUAAUAUCUAACCUAAAUGUCCCCUGUCUCAGUUUAAAACCAUUCCCCCUUGUCCUAUCACUAUCCACCCUUGUAAACAGCCAUUCCCCCUCCUGUUUAUACACUCCCUUCAAGUAUUGGAAGGCCACAAUGAGGUCUCCCCGGAGCCUUCUCUUCUCCUGUCUAAAUCCCAGUUUCCUCAACCUGUCUUCAUGAAUGCAUUAUUGUCUUCUCAGUUUCAGUAAGUCUGGCAUCUGAAAGGUGUUUCUGCCACUUUUCUUGGUUCUCAUUGCUCGUCUUACAUUCUGAAAUUCUCUCCACCUAUCGACUGCUAUAUGGAUACUGCAAAGUACUCGAUUCACUCAAGAGUUGAACUGUUUUCUUAGCAGAGAAAACGUGGAAGGUGAACUGCAACCUGAACAGAAGAAUGCAAUACUGAGUUUUAAAACAUAACAAGGUUCCUCUAAAUGGGCAAAGAAGUUUGUCAGUGGGUCAUUUAUCCCCAGCCCACAAAAUGGGGAGCUCUCCAAUUGGAAGAAUUGUUUUCAUUGGUUCAAUAACUUCCAUGGAUUUCUGUUACUUGUAGCUAAUAUAUUUGAUUUAAUCUGUUAAGAACUAAUAGUAAUUGUUCAUUCCAAAUGUUUUUCCAUAGGAAAAUUAAAACCUUUUCUGCUGAAAAAUGGAGGCUCUUUUCUUUACAUAGAACUUCUAAGGUGCAGACAGUGGGUACUUUAUUCAUUUUGUUUGCUUUUUUUUUCUGUAGGAAAUUAUUUCCCCUGGAUCUUAAACUUGAUCAGUUCUCUAUUGUGAAUGCUUCUUGAUCUUUUUCCUUGCCUUCUUCCUCCUUUAAUCAUAAACAUACCUGUGAGUCUUUAUCUUACCAUUUAGUUAGUUGUCCAUACUUAAAAUGUGGUGGCUGAGAUUUUAGUAAGCUAACAGGUCACAUAUCUUCCUCUUCAAAAAUGAAGUUCUGGUGUGACAUCCUACGUUCCACUUAAUUGAAGUAUCUGCCUGUGUUUGUGUGUUUCUCAUGACCUGGUUUUACGCAACACCUCUUAAAGUCUUUUCCUGGGUCACUCGGCCAUGAGAAGUGUUGUUGGAGAUGUUGAUAGUUCUGCCAACCCUAAUCAUAUGAACUAGAACUGAGACUUCCUCUUACUGUCUCUUUUUAUCUGGAGGGCCCCUUGAGGUGAAGACAUGAAGUUAUUUCUGUUAGUGCCAUCAGUGUUUUGCAGUAACAUCUGGAAAGCAGAGCACCAACGACCCCUAUGCACAGUAAUUCAGUUUGAGCAUUUAAAGCCAAUGACUGUUCUAGGUUGUUCUCACUAGAUUUUAAGCAACUGGUGAUCUGCUGAGAGUAGGUUAAAAAGCAGUAAUAGUAACUCCAGAAUGAGAACAGACCUAUGUUGCCCAAAGUUAUAGCGUGAUUUCCUCUGAAAAGCAAAGAAGGGAAACUCAGAAUAAGAGUUUAAAUGCAAUCAUUGAGUACUGGAUAAUCUUGGAGAUAAUGAUUGAUAGGUCUUCGUUUAUGAUAGGUUGAAAUAAAGUUACUGGAAAUCACCUUAUUGGGGUUGACUGGCUGCCAAGGACAACUGCUGAGUCACUGUCCUGCCCAUUUUCUGUAGUCUGUGUUAACAAAGAAUUUAAAUCAGACUGUGGUCAAUAAAAAAAAAAGAAAGAAAAACAAAACACACUAAGAAAUGAGUUUCUGGCUGUGAAUUUGUCUUGUAUAUGUUCCCAUGCAUUCAAGUCUAUUUUGGGUGGAUUGUCUGGCUUUAACUGUAAACCAGGCAUUUAUUUGUGUCACAGGACUGGCUCUUCUGAAGGUAUGGCUUCAGCAAAGCAUUUGAUCUGAGAGAUGCUGCUGCAUUUUUGUUCUGCAGCUGGUUUUAUCUAGUUUAUAUAGGAAAUGACUCAAAAAAUAUCUGCAAGCUUUGGGAGAGCCUUCUCUUCUCCAAUCUAAACAAGCCCAGUUCCCUCAACCUUUCCUAUCCUAUGUUCCAUGUAGUUUUUGUGUUAGGCCAAAAAUCGUUCAACAUGUCUGGUUGAGAAGAUGCCCGAAGCAGUCUGUAACAUCAGCAGUGGAUGUGGGAGUAGUUCUGAUGACUAGAAUUUGAUUUGCUGUGAUGGUUUGCAUAUAGUGGAUUCAAAGACUGCUUCUGAGGCUGCCAUCUUCUUUACUGGUAGAAAGAAUGAGUUGGUCUCAUCAAACCAGUGCCGUCUGGGGUUAGUUUAAAACUUGUUCUUACAAAAUCAGACCUUGCUUCUACCAAGUAAACCAUUGCUCUAACAUUCAAGCAUUCCUCAUCACUGUGUAGAGUAAAGCCUUCUAAAUGAGCUAGCUCUGUUUGGGUAGGCAACAAACUAGGAAAAAUGGCACUACGGCCUUUCCCUACAAGACGUGCAUUUAUAUAACGGUGUUGUAGACUGUGUUUACAAGAGUGUGUAGUGAGGGACUUGCUGAUAAGGCAGUGUGAACUGAUUCCAUUGGCAGUGUUGCUCUCAGGAAGGGAAUAGUCAUGCUUGGGAGUUAACUAGUUAACCUUAACGUUCAAGACUCUUUUUUUUUCAGCUCAUAAGAGACAUUAAUGCAGAAGAUCCUAAUCCUACAGAUCAUUUUUUUUUAUUCUUAUGCUCAUUGCACCUAUUAGUAAAGGAGUGCUGAAGCUGUCUAAUGUCUCUUAGCUAAGCUGUCCCCUGCAAAAUCCCCUCACUGCAGUGUUUUUACUUCUUGUGCAGGUUGCUGGUGGUAUACAGUAUACACAAAAUAUCUUAAAAGAGGAGGGCUUCCAAUAAAAGUAAUUACAAUGACUAUUUGAUGUUAGUUUUUGUUACUUUAAGCAUUGUCAGAUUCUUCUCAGUCUGUUAGGAGCUUGUUUCAAAAUAUCUACUGUACAAGUUCUCAUGAUUAAUAGAAAAACUCAAAUAGAAAAGUAACUUAAAUAGCUGUCACAUUGUUGAAGGUGGCUGGUUAAUCAGCGUUCAGGUCUAGACCACGUCAGGCACUGGGUGAAGUUUGGGCCUCAUAAUGUCAGAAGGAUAUAGAAUUAUUUGAGAGGUGGCAAAGGAGGGCUACAAAGAUGGGGAAAGGUCUGGAGGGCAAGAGGUAUGAGGGGCUGCUGAGGUCCCUUGGUGUGCUCAGCCCAGAGCAGAGGAGCUGAGGGGAGGCCUGAUGGCGGCUCUCUGUGACAGCGACAGGGCCUGAGGGAACGGCAUGGAGCUGUGCCAGGGGAGGGGUGGGAAAAGGGGUUAGGGAUAGGUUCUGUGCCAGAGGGAGGUGGGCAUGGCCUCGAGCUGCUGGAGUUCAAGGAGCAUUUGGGUAUUGCUCAGUGUUUGAAUGUUGGGUGGUGCUGUGUGGAGCUGGGAGUUGGACUUGAUCCUUGCAGGCCCCCACCAACUUGGGAUAUGCUAUCAUUCUAAGACUAUAACUCUUUAUUUAACUUAUCGUACAAACAAAUGAGGCUUUUCACUCUUUGCAGGAGGCACCAUCCAGUCUUCAUUGACUUAUGAGCGCUGAUCUCAAGAAAGAAGCAGAGCAAUUGUAAAAGGCUUAUUAGCAGUGCUAGUGAAAUUGUUCUUGGAUCGUUUAUGGGCAUGGCAAGCUAUUGGCUGCCAAAGAAGAGGACUAGAUGUGGAUUCCUUAUUUACAGAUUGGGUUGUGUAGACUCACUGGUAUUGGGACUGUUCAGGGUUUAGUCCUCUUUAGAAGAAAGAAACGGGACAGCCAUGCUAGUGCUUUGUCUGGCUUUUCCUCUGUCACCUCACGGCCUAAUGGCUGAGCAAGGGUAGGUUUAAAAGUGGCUGAGAGGUCACAAGAGCUCAGUUAUGGUCUGCUGGCAGAACCUGGGGGUAGGUACUACCUCCAGUGAGGAUGUGGAAAGUGCAGAGCCUUUUGGGGUAGUUUUGGAAGACCACAUAAGAUGGAGGAACCCGGAUCUUGUGUGAUCUGAUCACUGCUGCCUUCUGAAAGUAUUUUUUUGAAUGAGCUCCUGUGGAUUGCCAUGGUAUUGUCUGGGAGACAGAUAGCCAAGGUGAUUGGGGAAGGAAAAAAGAUAGGGCAGGGACUGGGCUAAAAUUGACCAGUGUCAAAGAGGAUGAGUUUUGUGUUUUGGCUCUUUCUGGGUUCCACUUAAUCUCAGUGGUCUUUGCUACUGCGUAUGUUUGUGGUUCAGCUACUUAGACUUAGUUGUAGGAUAAAGCUCACGAGGAUUUAUUUCUCUGUCCCCCUAAUGAUUUUUUUUUUUCUUUUCUUAUGACUGCGUUCUUUCUAGGAAGGAACAAAUCCAUCUUUCCCUCGUUCCUUAACCUCUUGUGUCUUGUUAUGGUCAAAAUUAGUUUGUAUCUGUAGUAGUGUAGAUGCAACUGACUGGUAAGAUCUGUGCAUGGAGAGAGAUGUUGGCUUCCCUCAAGUAAUCCUGAAUAGAAAACAGUUACCAUUUUGAAAAGGUUUUAGUUUUCUUGUCAUUUUAAUGUAUGUGUUUUUCUUUUAAAAAUAAAAAGUUGGGGUGGGAGCAGAAAAGCAUGCAAAGCAGAAACCAUUUCAGUGAAAAUAAAGCUGCUUUUUGAAGCCUUACUCAAUUGUACAGGUAAAAUUCAUUUUGUACUCUACGGUAAGAUUUGAAACGCUUGAUCUGUCAUCCACGAUGUACAACUUGUACCAGUUUCAGUUACCCAGUAAUUGGCUAUCACGGAUGAAUGUCUGCUUGAAGGUCUCUUGAUUUGUCGUUUCUAAUCUACUGCUUAUAACAAAAAGAAGAAGGAAACAUGGGGAGUCUGUAUCUUUAUUGUAGCAAUUGAUCUGGAUGAAAUGACAUUCACUUUUACAGAGCUGCUGAAAAGCUUAAGCAUAAGCGUGUGCACAUUUUUUCAGUUUCUCAAAGAGGUGGAUGUUAACAUGGAUACUGUAAGCACUAAAGUUGAUAGCACUGUAUCAAGGCUGAAAAAGAAAUACGAUGUCUUACUUGCACUGUAUCACAAGUUCGAAAGGACUUGUGGCCUUAUUUAUCUGGAGCAACCCAGUAGUGAGAUUUCUGCUGAACUCAGUUCUGUAUUAGUCCUAAAAAAUUACUGGAUUACUUUUUUACUGGCAAAAGGUAAAGUGUUGCAAAUGGAAGAUGACCUCGUGAUCUCUUUCCAGUUGUUGCUGUGCGUCUUAGAUUAUUUUAUCAAACUGUCACCUCCUGCUAUGCUCAAGGAACCAUACAAGUCUGCUGUGACUGCACUGACUGUUAAUGGUUCAACUCGAACCCCACGAAGAGGUCAGAACAGGAAUGCACGCGCUUCAAAGCAAAUUGAUACAGAUACAAAAGUUAUUGAAAUCCUUUGUAAAGAGCAUGAUUGUAAUUUAGACGAGGUAAAAAAUGUGUAUUUCACAAGCUUUAUUCCUUUCUUGAAUUCUCUUGGUGUUGUAGCCUCAAAUGGAUUACCAGAGGUUGACGUUCUCUCAAAACAAUAUGAUGAGCUUUAUCUCAAAAACAAAGAUAUAGAUGCAAGAUUAUUUCUGGAUCAUGAUGAAACUCUACAGCCUGAUGUUAUAGCAUGCUCACAGUUGGAAAGAACACCACGAAAAAAUAACCCAGAUGAGGAGGUUAAUCAUGUACUUCCACAGACUCCUGUUCGAGCUGCAAUGAAUACUAUUCAGCAGUUGAUGAUGAUUUUGAACUCAGCAACUGAUAAACCAUCAGAUACUCUCAUUGCGUAUUUCAAUAAUUGCACAGUGAACCCUGAAGACAGCAUCCUGAAAAGAGUAGAAAGUCUUGGCCACAUCUUCAAAAAGAAAUUUGCUGAAGCAGUUGGACAGGGAUGUGCUGAGAUUGGCUCACAGAGAUACCAGCUUGGAGUACGGCUGUAUUACAGAGUAAUGGAGUCUAUGCUGAAGUCGGAAGAAGAGCGCCUCUCAGUGCACAAUUUUAGCAAACUUCUGAAUGAUAACAUCUUCCACACAUCUCUUCUGGCAUGUGCUCUUGAAAUUGUCAUGGCUACCUAUGGCAGAACUGCUUCACAAAGUGAUGGUACCAGUGCUGAAACAGACUUGUCUUUCCCAUGGAUUCUCAACGUAUUUGAUUUAAAAGCUUUUGACUUCUACAAGGUGAUUGAAAGUUUCAUUAAAGUGGAGCCAAGCCUAACGAGGGACAUGAUAAAGCAUCUAGAACGCUGUGAACAUCGCAUUAUGGAAUCUCUUGCUUGGCAAUCUGAUUCACCUCUGUUUGAUCUUAUCAAGCAGUCAAAAGAACGAGAAGGUCAGACCGAUCAGCCUGAGCCCACUUCCACCCUAAAUCUGCCUCUCCAGCAUAACCACACUGCAGCAGAUCUGUAUCUUUCUCCUGUGAGAUCUCCUAAGAAGAAAGCAUCUGGACACCCUCAAAGUGGUACUUCUAAUCCAGAUGCUCAGCCAUCUGCGACCUCACAAACACAGAAGCCACAGAAAUCUACCUCCCUCUCUCUGUUCUACAAAAAAGUGUUUCGACUGGCCUAUCUUCGAUUGCAUACCCUGUUCUUUCGGCUUCUCUCCGAACAUCCUGACCUGGAGCCGUUGAUCUGGACCCUCUUCCAGCACACACUGCAAAAUGAGUCUGAGCUUAUGAGAGACAGGCACUUGGACCAGAUCAUGAUGUGUUCCAUGUAUGGCAUAUGCAAAGUAAAGAAUGUGGAUCUUAGAUUUAAAACAAUAGUUUCUGCAUACAAAGAGCUGCCCAAUACAAAUCAAGAGACUUUCAAACGUGUUCUUAUCAGGGAAGAGCAGUACGACUCCAUUAUAGUCUUCUACAACUUAGUGUUCAUGCAGAAGCUGAAGACAAACAUCCUGCAGUAUGCCUCCAACAGGCCUCCUACGCUGUCACCUAUCCCACACAUUCCUCGCAGCCCCUACCAGUUUUCCAAUUCUCCUCGGCGUGUCCCUGCGGGCAAUAACAUCUACAUCUCACCCUUGAAGAGCCCUUACAAGUUCUCUGAUGGGUUUCAUUCUCCCACAAAGAUGACUCCGAGGUCCAGAAUUCUGGUGUCAAUUGGUGAAACGUUUGGGACUUCUGAAAAGUUUCAAAAAAUAAACCAGAUGGUGUGCAACAGCGAGAGCCACGUAAAGCGCAGUGCGGAGCCCAGCGAUGCCCCCAAGCCGCUGAAGAGGCUGCGCUUCGAUAUAGAAGGCCAGGACGAGGCAGAUGGAGGCAAACACCUUCCCCAGGAGUCCAAGUUCCAACAAAAGCUUGCAGAAAUGACAUCUACUCGAACAAGAAUGCAGAAGCAGAAACUGAACGAUGGAAACGAUACCUCAGCCAACGAAGAAAAGUGAGAUUCUCCUCAGGACCAGGGGCUGCUGCAGGCCCUCCCAGCUUUUGUUUUACUGCCUUCAUUCACUGAGUUGCUUCUUCAGUCGCUUUUAUCCCAAACCAAUAGUUGAAAACCCUUGGACUUUAUUUUCUUCAAGGUUUUUCACGAUACUUUGCCUUAUGAUGUAGCAUGUAUGCGAUGUAAGCCACUGAAUUUAAUUUAUAUAUUUUCGGGGGAUUUUAAAAAGCAGCUUGGGAAGUGUCUUAGUUUGCUAUUGCAGCGUUACUGAUUGAAGCCAGUUCAAUCUACCUGGAUUGAAUAUUUUCUGUCUCAAGACAAAACGUUAGCUAGGGAUCUGAAGUGCACUAAUUUUACUUCUUAGAUUUCAUUUUAAUGUCGGAUCUCAAAGCAUUAUUUGCAAGUAUUGAAAAUGAGGGGUCAGAUGCCGCAAGGAUUUCUGUCUCUGUGUGUAAUUAACACAUCCAAUUCCCAUUAACUUAGCUGCACAGCAGCCGUGCAGGGUCAGGGUCUCCCCGCAGAAGCAGGAAGCAGUGAGCACGUCGUGUUAGCGGUACUACUGAAAGCAGUGAGCUGUGCUGCACCUCAGGUACGUCCCGUUCUGCAGUCCCCCAGCUCUCACCCCACACAUUUCAGAGGGCCCACGUUGAAUUUCAUUGAAUCUCACAGAGAUUGAGUCCCACGAAGCAAAAAGGCACAUUCCCAAAUGCAAAGUACCACGUUGUGCACUUUCGUAUCUCGGAAAACCUCGAUUUAAGAAAACACAAAGUAGAACACCCCCAACCUACAUCACACCUCGCACACAGAAGAUGGCAAAGGUCUCACAAUGUAGGAUUCUCUUGAAGUGAUUUCUACAGGUGUCCAUGUGGCCGAACGUCACAGCACGGAGCUGUGUGCCUGAGGCGGUGCCUUACCCAAAAGGCAGAGCUCAACGGGCAACUUGGGAGCAAACGUUUUUAAGUGUAUUUAUAAGUUAUGGACUCAGAUAGUGGAUUUUUUUUUUCUUGCAGUGAUAAAAGGUCUGCAGAAUAGCCAGCUAAGGAAAGGGUGUUUUGUUUCUAGUGAACUAAAUACAAUAAAUGAGGUGCCACUUUUUUAAAUGACCCAUUUUAAUGAAAUCUAGCUCAUGCAGCUGCUUAAAUCAGAUGAGUUAGGGUAGCAAAGCAUGCUGCUCAUUACACAGUAACACUUCUCCGCAUAGGAGGUGUUUAGAAAUGGUGUAGUGAACCUAGAAUGCCUACAGUAGUACCCGCUGAGGACCAGUUCUGGUGUUGACCAAAAGCUGAACCUGGAGGUACAGAAACCUCCACAAACGGCACACGGAUUGGUCGCUGAAUUGUAAAAUGAGAUUGAGUUAUUUUUUUAUUCUCAGUACGGCUUCAACUUUCAUCCCGAAGAAUGUACAGAAGUGUUAAGAGUACACAACGUUUAUUUUUUCACUUUCAACAGAGUUUUACAGACAGAAUGUGUGUUGCAUUGGGGCUCGCUGGUCCCAAGCUCUGUUACAGCAGCUGAAGUUCUUCGGUGACCCUCGGGUGAGAGCGCUGCAGGCGCGACACGGCAGAGCCCCGCACCUAACAGAUCUCCUAGCGCCUGACUGGGACACUGUGUUUGUUUGUUCCAACAGACCGAAGGCUUUACAUCAAAUGUAUGGCAAUAUUUUAUACAACUCAUCCGUUUAUCUCCUUUCAAGAUGAAAUAAAAUAGCUUUUAAAAGAUA